AUGUACUAUUUGCUCACGAGUGAUCACACUACUACUACUACUACUACUACUACUACUACUACUACUACUACUACUACUACUACUACUACUACUACUACUACUACUACUACUACUACUACCACUAAUAAUAAUGAUAAUAAUAAUAAUAAUAAUAAUAAUAAUAAUAAUAACGAUAGUAAUAGUGCUACAGAAUGUAUUACUAGUGAAGGGUGGAGACACCGUACUCUAAAUAUUUAUUUGACCGUAAAAUCACAAAAAGCUAGUUUGACACAUUUAUAUAUCGUAUUCAUAAAUCCAGUAAAUAAAUUCAAUAAUUAA